AUGAUCAGGCAGGAGCUGUCCACAUCCUACCAGGAGCUGAGUGAGGAGUUGGACCAGGUGGUUGAGAACUCUGAGCAGGCAGACGAACAGGAAAGGGGGACGGCCAAAGUCCAGGGUGCCUUACCUGUCCUGGACAGCGAGUCUGCCUCUAGCAGCAUCCGCUUCAGCAAGGCCUGCCUGAAGAACGUCUUCUCAGUCCUGCUCAUCUUCAUCUACCUGCUCCUCAUGGCUGUGGCCGUCUUCCUUGUCUACCAGACCAUCACGGACUUCCGUGAGAAACUCAAGCACCCUGUGAUGUCUGUGUCUUACAAGGAGGUGGACCUCUAUGAUGCCCCAGGUAUUGCCCUAUACCCAGGUCAGGCUCAGUUGCUCAGCUGUAAGCACCACUACGAGGUCAUUCCUCCUCUGAGGAGCCCUGGCCAGCCGGGAGAUAUGAAUUGUACUACUCAGAGGAUCAACUACACAGACCCUUUCUCCAAUCAGACUAUGAAAUCUGCCCUGAUUGUCAGAGGACCCCGGGAAGUGAAGAUGCGGGAGCUAGUCUUCCUCCAGUUCCGCCUGAACGAGAGCAGUGAGGACUUCAGCGCCAUUGAUUACCUCCUCUUCUCGUCUUACCAGGAGUUCCUGCAGAGCCCAGACAAGGUGGGCUUCAUGCAGGCGUGUGAGAAUGCAUAUUCCAACUGGAAGUUCUCUGGGGGAUUCCGCACCUGGGUCAAGAUGUCUCUGGUGGAGACCAAGGAGGAAGAUGGGAGGGAAGCUGUGGAGUUCCGGCAGGAGACGAGCGUGGUUAACUACAUCGACCAGAGGCCAGCUGCUGAAAAAAGUGCUCAGUUGUUUUUUGUGGUGUUCGAAUGGAAGGAUCCUUUCAUCCAGAAAGUUCAAGAUAUAAUCACUGCCAAUCCUUGGAAUACAAUUGCUCUUCUUUGUGGGGCCUUCUUGGCAUUAUUUAAAGCAGCAGAGUUUGCAAAACUGAGUGUGAAAUGGAUGAUCAAAAUUAGGAGGCGAUAUCAUAAAAGGAGAGGCCAGGCAACAAACCACAUCAGCUGAAGUUGUCACCUGUGCUGCAUCUACAACUGUCCAAAUGA